AUGGCUCGAGUUCAGCUUACGGCUUGGUGGCAGAGGAGAGAGUCGGAAGAGUAUUUUAACGUUCGCGGAUCCGGGCAACAAUACGGAAGGCCGCAGGAUCUCACACUCGACGGCUUCACACUCGUGCGAACCCUCGACAAAAUAAUAGCCAAGACUGAAGCCCAGCCCCAGACCGGAGGGCCGCUAGAGAAGGCAGAGCAACCCGACUCUUCUUCCACCAAAGGCCCCCCCUCAGGAGACAACACCGACACAGAGCGAGGCAAAGAUGCUGUCGCCAUCGAGCCUGUCCGUACCGUCACCGGAGUCAAGUGGUGCCUCAUCGUUUUCGCCAUCCUCUCAUCGACCUUCCUCUUCGCCCUGGACAACACCGUCGUCGCUGACGUGCAGCCGCAGAUCGUGCUGCAGUUCGACUCCCUCAAAGAUAUCGCGUGGCUCGCUGUAGCUUUCAUCAUGGCAGCCACGGCUGUCAACCUCUUUUAUGGCCAGCUGUAUUCGCAUCUAAAGCCCAAGUGGCUCUACAUCGCCAGUGUCGCUAUCUUCGAAGCGGGUAGUGCUCUCUGCGGUGCGGCGCCGAAUAUGAACAGCCUCAUCGUCGGGCGGGCGUUGUGCGGUCUCGGCGGUAUUGGUAUGUAUCUCGGGGUGAUGGUCCUCAUCGCCGCGACCACGACGAUCCAGGAGCGGCCUGCGUAUCUCGCUAGUAUUGGAAUUACUCAUCUCGACCAUGGUCGAUGCCCUCCUCAAUCACUGACUCCCAACGGCUGGGCUUUCUACAUCAACCUCCCCAUCGGUGGCCUGGCCGCGCCGGUGUAUCUCUUCAUGCUGCCGUCUCCCGACCCUCAGCCUGGCGCGACCAUCCUGCAGCGACUCGCCGAAAUCGACUGGAUCGGUGCCCCGCUGAUGCUGGGUGCCAUCGUCUGCUUCACCAUGGGCAUCUCCUUCGGCGGCGUCCUGUACGAGUGGAACUCUGGCUCCGAGAUAGCACUCUUUGUUGUCGCAGGCGUCUUGUUCAUCGUCUUUGGUAUCCAGCAGGCGUACUGCAUCGGCACGACCAAGGAGCGCCGCAUCUUCCCAGUCGAGCUCAUCACUUCCCGCAAGUACUAUCGAACCAUCAUCCUCAUGUUCUGCGUCACGGCCGCCGGAGGUUGCGCCAUCUUCGUGCCGGUGUACUUUGUUCCCAUCUUCUUCCAAUUCACGAGGGGCGACAGCGCUAUCGAUGCGGCUGUCCGCCUGCUACCGUUCAUCCUAGUCAUGGUCACCGUGACCCUGAUUCAAGGCGGCAUGCUGUCGCACCCAUCCGGAAAAUUCGGGCUGUAUAUGCCGUGGUUCACCGUCGGCGGCAUCAUUAGUGUCGUUGCUUCCACGUUGAUGUACGUCGUCGAGACCGACACCAGCACGGCUUGGAUAUAUGGGGCCUCGGCCAUGCUUGGUGCCGGCGUGGGGACUUUCACACAAGCGGGCUUCUCGAUUGCCCAAGCCAGCGUGACGGCGCCCAAGGCUGCUGUUGCGUCCUCUCUGAUUGCCUUGGCGCAGACGAGCGGUAUUAAUAUCGCGCUGGCGGUCAGUAAUGCGGUGUUUCUGAACAGGGCUGAGAAGCGGCUGACUGCAAUUCUUCCGGAUACUGUCACGGAGGACCAGAUUCAGGCUGCGAUUGCUGGUGUCGGGACGGACUUUGUCACGACGCUGCCGCCGCGGAUGCAGCAGGAGGUUCUCGAGGUUAUCGUCGAAGCUCUGAAUUUGCCUUACAUCUUGGUCAUCACAGCUGGGGCGCUUGUCUUGGUCUGCAGUGUGCUGAUGAAGAGGGAACGCUUGUUUAUGACAGCUGCUGUUGGGGUUUGA